GCCGCUUUCCGGGAGCCGUGGCUUGGGAGGAGGUCGCUCCCCUCUCCAGAGGCGGCCUCCGACUUCCCUGAGCUCCGCGCGCUCCUCCCGCCCCCGGGCUCGCGCUCUCUGAAGGGGCGCGCCCGCGCGGACUCGCGCUCCGGGCUCCGCCCCCUCCCCCUCCCCUCGGCCGCCCCUCCCUCGGCCCGGACAGCCGGCGGCGGUGGCGGCGGCGGCCGGGAGAGGCCCCUCCUUCACGCCCUCCUUCUUUCCCUCACUCGCAGCAGAGCGGAGCCGGCGGACGCGGCUGGGCCCCUCACCCUCCCCGGGCCAUGGCCGGCAAUGUGAAAAAGAGCUCUGGGGCCGGGGGCGGCGGCGGCUCCGGAGGAUCGGGCUCGGGCGGCCUGAUCGGGCUCAUGAAGGACGCCUUCCAGCCGCACCACCACCACCACCACCUCAGCCCCCACCCGCCAGGGACCGUGGACAAGAAGAUGGUGGAGAAGUGCUGGAAGCUCAUGGACAAGGUGGUGCGGUUGUGUCAGAACCCAAAGCUGGCGCUAAAGAAUAGCCCACCUUAUAUCUUAGACCUGCUGCCAGAUACCUACCAGCAUCUCCGCACUAUCUUGUCAAGAUAUGAGGGGAAGAUGGAGACACUUGGAGAAAAUGAGUAUUUUAGGGUGUUCAUGGAGAAUUUGAUGAAGAAAACUAAGCAGACCAUAAGCCUCUUCAAAGAGGGGAAAGAAAGAAUGUAUGAGGAGAAUUCUCAGCCUAGGCGAAACCUAACCAAACUGUCCCUAAUCUUCAGCCACAUGCUGGCAGAACUGAAAGGAAUCUUUCCAAGUGGACUCUUUCAAGGAGACACAUUUCGGAUUACUAAAGCAGACGCUGCAGAGUUUUGGAGGAAAGCUUUUGGGGAAAAGACAAUAGUCCCUUGGAAGAGCUUCAGACAGGCCCUUCAUGAAGUACAUCCCAUCAGCUCUGGGCUGGAGGCCAUGGCUUUGAAAUCCACUAUUGAUCUGACCUGCAAUGAUUAUAUUUCUGUUUUUGAAUUUGACAUCUUUACACGGCUCUUUCAGCCCUGGUCAUCUUUGCUCAGAAACUGGAAUAGUCUUGCUGUAACUCAUCCUGGUUACAUGGCUUUCCUGACAUACGAUGAGGUGAAAGCUCGGCUCCAGAAAUUCAUUCACAAACCUGGCAGUUACAUUUUUCGGCUAAGCUGUACUCGUCUGGGUCAGUGGGCCAUCGGGUAUGUCACUGCUGAUGGGAACAUUCUCCAGACAAUCCCUCACAAUAAACCUCUCUUCCAAGCACUGAUUGAUGGCUUCAGGGAAGGCUUCUAUUUGUUUCCUGAUGGACGGAAUCAGAAUCCUGACCUGACAGGCUUAUGUGAACCAACUCCACAAGACCACAUCAAAGUGACCCAGGAACAAUAUGAAUUAUACUGUGAGAUGGGCUCCACAUUCCAACUGUGUAAAAUAUGUGCUGAAAAUGAUAAAGAUGUGAAGAUUGAGCCCUGUGGACACCUCAUGUGCACAUCCUGUCUAACAUCUUGGCAGGAAUCAGAAGGCCAGGGCUGUCCUUUCUGCCGAUGUGAAAUUAAAGGUACUGAGCCCAUUGUGGUGGAUCCGUUUGAUCCUAGAGGAAGUGGCAGCCUGUUGAGGCAAGGAGCGGAGGGAGCUCCCUCCCCAAAUUAUGAUGAUGAUGAUGAUGAACGAGCUGAUGAUUCUCUCUUCAUGAUGAAGGAAUUGGCUUGUGCCAAGGUGGAGCGGCCUCCUUCUCCAUUCUCCAUGGCCCCACAAGCUUCCCUUCCCCCGGUGCCACCACGGCUUGACCUUCUGCAACAGCGAAUAUCUAUUCCUUCGAGUACUUCCGGUCUUGGAACUGCUUCUAAGGCUCCUUCUGGCUCCCUUCAUAAGGACAAACCAUUACCAAUACCUCCGACUCUUCGAGAUCUCCCACCACCACCCCCUCCAGACCGGCCAUAUUCUGGUGGAACAGAGACCCGGCCUCAAAGACGCCCCUUGCCUUGUACACCCGGAGACUGUCCAUCCAGAGACAAACUGCCCCCUGUCCCCUCUAGCCGUGUUGGAGAAGCAUCUUGGCUGCCUCGGCCAAUCCCCAAAGUACCAGUAGUUGCCCCAAACCCUGGCGACCCCUGGACAGGGAGAGAAUUAACCAACCGGCACUCACUUCCAUUUUCAUUGCCCUCACAAAUGGAACCCAGAACCGAUGUGCCUAGGCUUGGAAGCGCAUUCAGCCUGGAUACCUCUGUGAAUAUGAAUAGCAGCCCAUUAGCAGGUCCAGAGUGUGAGCAUCCCAAAAUCAAACCAUCCGCAUCUGCCAAUGCCAUUUAUUCUCUGGCUGCCAGACCGCUUCCUGUGCCAAAGCUGCCACCGGAGGAGAAGUGUGAAAGUGAAGAGGACACAGAGUAUAUGACUCCCUCCUCUAGGCCUGUGGGACUUCAAAAGACAGAAGUGAAAUGGCCUUUGGAAACAACCCAGAGUUCACGAGCAAGUGAUUGUGACCUGCAGAUUGAUAGCUGUACAUAUGAAGCAAUGUAUAAUAUUCAUUCUCAGGCGGCACCAUCUGUCACAGAGAGUGGUACUUUUGGUGAAGGGAAUUUGGCCACAGCCCAUGCCAACACUGGCCCUGAGGAAUCCGAAAACGAAGAGGAUGGUUAUGAUGUGCCCAAGCCACCUGUGCCCGCGGUGCUGGCCCGCCGCACACUCUCCGACAUCUCCAAUGCCAGCUCCUCCUUCGGGUGGCUGUCUCUGGAAGGUGAACCCACAACAAACUUUACUGAGGGUUCCCAAGUUCCUGAGAGGCCUCCUAAACCAUUCCCUCGGAGAAUCAACUCUGAACGAAAAGCUGGUAGCUGUCAGCAGAGCAGUGCCGCUGCCGCCGCCGCCGCCGCCUCACCGCAGCUAUCCAGUGAGAUCGAGAGCCUCAUGAGUCAGGGGUACUCCUACCAGGACAUUCAGAAGGCUUUGGUCAUUGCCCACAACAACAUUGAAAUGGCCAAAAAUAUCCUCCGGGAAUUUGUUUCCAUUUCCUCUCCUGCCCAUGUAGCCACCUAGCACACCCCGUCCCUGCCCAGUCAGAGGACCGAGGAGCCGUGAGCUCUUGCUCGAGUAGCACCUGAAAGGGCAGAGAGGUUCCUUUGGAGACUUCACAGUCUUGCCCUGUCUGUGGGGUAUCACAUCUGUGGUUCCAAGAUUUCAAAGCAGUGGAAUGAGAACGGAGCAGCUAGAAUAUUUUCUUAUUUUAUUUUAUUUGUUUUGAGAGUGCAUUUGAAGGUGUCCUUUGGUCCCCACUUAGAGUGUGGAUUUUUAUUAAGUGGUAGCCUACCUGGGGAACAAUCCAGAAGGCAGUAGGAGAAGUACUGUGCUGUAAAUCCUAAUUGAGGACUUCAGACUUUCCUGGGUUAAGGAUGUGGUGGUGUGUGUCUUGUCUGUCUGUCUGUGGUUGUGUGUGUCCUGUGAUGAAAAGAUUAACCUGCUGUGUGUGUUAAUCCUUUGCAGGGAAUUAGCACAAGAGGUUUAGGAAGGAAUCUUAAAGACUUCCCAUCUACUGUGGUUUUAUAGCCAACCCCAGUGGUUAUUACGACCCCAACACUCCCCUUUGGCUUGGAUUAUCAUGUGCAUAGCUAAAGUCUUAUAUUUUUAGAACACCCUCCGUCUGUUCCCCCCCCCCCCCCUUCUCCUCCUCCUUGGUAUCUGUCAUUGGCAGUGGGCUUGCUAUGACCGGCCUUACUGAAGCCAAGCUGCUUAUAGGACAUUCUUUAUUAUGUGUGAUGGUGUUGGUUUGUUUGGUAGAUAGUUUGGGGGGGUGGGGGAGUGUACUGUUGCUCUAUCCUUAUGGUCCUAUUUGAUACUAGCAGCUAACACUGGUCACUCCAAAGCACUGUUUCUAUAGGAACAUUGAAUCUGUUUUUUAAGAAGAGAUGUUUUAAUUAUCUUAAUUACAUAUUGACUGAUUUGAGAUAGAGGCCUUCAAAUACAUUCCAUGCCCUCCCCAGAAAAUAGUCUGUGGGAGUCAGUUGCCUUGGUGCCAGCUAUGUGUCAGAAUGUAGGUCAUGAGCUUUUCUACAUAAUGGGAAGAACACUGGUUUCCAGCAUGGCUUUCUGGCCCAAAUACCAUGAAGCUUUUAGGAAGUUCCAUUUACAUGCUCUUUACCUUGUUAUAUGUAAAUGCACAAAAUAGGGAGGAAAAUAGUGAAUGAAUUUCAGCUUAUAUGGAUAUCUCCCUUUGAACAUGAGCCAGGUUAUAUUUUCAGAAGUGAUUUUUUUCUUUGCUCUUUAGGGAAUGGGGAUAACUACCCAUGGUAGCAUAGCAUUCUGCCGAUACUUAGCACCAACCCUGCAUUGGCGCCGCCUGGCGACUUGCUUUUCUCUUGUGCCUAUGGCUUUGGGAAUGUAACCUUUCCUUCUUCCUUUCCUUCCCCUUUCUUCUCCACCUUAGGGCCUAUGUACUCUUGAGUGACUGCAUUCCCACAGUAACUAGACCACACUGGGUAUAGUAAAUGACUUUCCCAUAGUCAGACAACAUGUGAAAAGCCCCGUAGCUUGUGCCAUUGCAGGUUCAUAAAGAAGUCUGAGUCUGGCGUGGGGCACCAUUGGUCUGCUCCGGCAGAUACUGCCCAGGGACCGCUGGAGUUCACUUAGCUCACCGCUCAGAGCCUCCUAAUGACUUCCUAGCAAGGUGUAACCGUCCUCCUUGUCAGAAGCAAGCCUGCUUUUUGAUACAUCUCCCCUCCUCACAAUCUACAUCAUGGUUUUGCUUGAGAUCUAAACCGAAAUGACUCUUCUUACAUCUGUUUUCUCUCCCAUCUUGUCAUCUUUGGACCUAAAACUUUUUCUAACUCUUCUUUUGGCUUUCAGCUGUUCCUAGGUCUUUUGGUUUUAUCUUCUUGCCUUAGAUCCAUUUAUGUUCCCAGAGUAUAUAGUAUAGGACUUCUUAUUGACUUGCCAUGGUUACCCAGUGUCUCCUCUACAUGCAAAAAAUGACAGCCCCUACCAGGUGCAGAUCAGCCUGAAGCAGGAUGGAUGGGGCAGAGGAAAGCAACAGUGAGUAGGAAAUAGUAACCUAGUGUCUCCUUUUAAAAGCCAGUAUAGUGUUUCACUUGGGGUAACAUUCAGUUUUGCACUUUGUCUAGAUGUUGAAAGCCUAGACAAAGAACUAGAAAAGAUGGCAGCAUUUUGCAUACCUGUCCACACUGAAAUUUUUCCUUGUCUGUAGUUUGCCCAUAGUUUGAAGAUCUAGUAAGAGAACAAAGCACUGGUUCUGCAUAUCUUUUGUCUUUCAAAGUGCAUCCAAAAUCAUCUUCUUUGGAGAUAUGUCCUCACUUGCAUAGGCUAAAAAGGCAAGUUCUUCCUUUCUUUUCUUGAAUACCCGUGAGGCUUGUCAGGUCAGCGCCAAAACCUAGGUGCCAGCACCCUGUGUUGAACACGUGCACCAUUGCUUGGUUUGGUUCUUAGCUUGUUGGCCGAGUAUUUGCAGGCAUUCAGGGUCUUAGACCAUUCUGUGAGGGGUUUUCUCCUUGGGUGCUCGGAGGUCCUGCCUACAUUCAUGCCUGAGAUUACCAGGCGAGCCCCAGGAAAGUUUUUGCGUGGCCCCUGUUUUGAGACUAUUUCCAAAACUUUAAUUUCUUAAGUUUUCCUUUAACUAAGGCACCACUAACCCAUUCUUCAUCCCCCAUUUGUAUGGUAGUUUUUAAUUCUUUGGCUCUGCUCUGAAUUUAACUAAAACUGCCCUUUCACAGAGGGGCUUUAUUUUGAGUUUUGCCAUUUUUGGCAAACCCAUUCCCCUUCCCCCUCUUGAUUACAAAUGGUUCCUCGUCUCUUAACUCUCAGUGGGUAAGGUAAAAACCACUUGGAUGUAUUUCUUUUUCUCAAAUGCAUUAGGCUAUUGUAUUCAACCCAGUCUCUUGCUUCCCCAUGUCUCCCUGGGUUGCUUUAAUAGCCUGCCUUGUUGCUGGGUGGCUGCUUGGCAGUACUUAAUCAGCUGCCCCUGCCGUACUCCUUCCUUAAAAGUCAAGAGUUCUCAAGGCGGAAAAAACCUGUGGGCUCAAUGAUAUACCUCCCUUUAGGUAAAUGUUAGAUGAGGCAGUUUAUCAUUUCAGCAUUUGUCUGUUAAUAUUUAUAUAAAUAGUGACAUACACCUGUGGAUGCCAUUCUCGUCCCUUCUUUCUAGCCCCACCCCAGUCUACAUGUCCUGACAUUCUUCUGUCCUUUUGCUUCUCAUACAGACUUUUAACACUAGGGCCUAGGGUGUGGGAUGGUACCAUUAGUAUCAUUUAGCUGUUUCUGGAUCUUUUAAAAAAUUAGGCGGUUGCUAUUCUUCAUACUUAAAAUGUAUUUCCUCUAUAGAAAAGUAACAUAUAUUUUAUGGUCCAAUCAGCAGUCUUACACAUGAAUUUUUGUAUAUUUGCUUGCAAAGUAGGGACCAGCUAUAUGUUCCCUUUAACAAGUAUCUAGACCUUUUUGUGUGUCAUCAGCAAUAGUCUUAAUGCAGACUAUUCUCCUACCUCACAUCAUGAGAGGCAGAGGGGUGUAGGCCCCCUUCCCAAACUGUAAGUCAUCCUUCUUAGUUGUCAGGCUUUCUGACAUCGCAGUGACCACUGCCCAUGGAAUAAUGGUAUUCUGACCAUUGGCCUGGCUCUGACAGUGCGUUUGUUCAUUCAGCAAAUGUUCAUGAGUAAUUACCAUGAACUGGAAGUAUCAGCUCUGUGUUCUCCCCUGCUGCCACGUGGUGAUUUACUGACAUUGGGAGAUUGUACUUGGGCUAUCUAGCACAUGCAUUUGGCCCUAAAAUAGCUGUUUCCAAUAAGAUUGUGCAGUUUAUGUUCACAGCUCUUUUAUCUAGACAUACAUUUCCUUAUAGAGCUGUCCUGGUUAAAAAUCAGUUCAGGAUGCUGCCAUUAACCCCUGUUGUCUUCCUAUAGCUUUGACAAUGUCAGGGAGAGUCCUCUGUGUUAAGAUAACCCACCAUUUUUAUGUGUGUCCAUAGAAUCUGUUUGGUAGGUUGGUGUGCUGGCUCAGAGUCACACCAUGGGGCAGUUAAAUGUUUAAGUAAAACAUCUGCCUACAGCUCCCUUUCCACUCUAGUGCCUUCCUUGAUCUUUUUCCUGAGCUGCUUGUAUCCCCUAAUCCCCUUUAUUAGGAAGUUUUCCUAUCACCAUCUCCUGUUCUAUUUGGAACUUGUUUUCCAAUCCUUCAACAACCUUUGCAGCUAAUCCUAUGUCUUAGAAGGGCUGGACACCUGUCUCUGGGUCCUGAUUUUCAACUAGUUGUUUGGUCUCCAAGAGUCAGGCAGUAAAAUAGAUUGACUUCAGUCAGCUCUCAAAUAUGUCAACCUGGGAGUUCCUUUUAUGGCUCAGAAGGUUACAAACCUGACUAGUAUUCAUGAGGAUGCAGGUUCAAUCCCUGGCCUCACUCUGUGGGUUAAGGAUCCAGUGUUGGUGUGAGCUGUGGUGUAGGUCACAAACUUGGGUACCGCAUUGCCAUGGCUGUGAUGUAGGCCGUCAGCUGCAGCUCCAAUUCGACCCCUAGCCUGGGAACUUCCAUAUGCUGCAAGUACAACCCAAAAAAAGCAAAAAAAACAAAAACAAAAACAAAAAACUCAGCCUGUAUCUUUAGGGGUAUGGGGCUUAGAGAUCCUAGAACUUAGUAUCAGAGUCAACACAUUAUUAUCCUCCUAGGCUCUAGAAAUUCGAUUUAAAGUAUUCUCAUCUAGCCUAAAACAUCACUAUGAUGCUUUGAUCUCAGUCUAUGCUAGCAGUCUCUCUUUAGAAAUGCAUGUAGCCAUUUAAUGCAUGGAGGAGGGUGCAUAAUGGAAGAAGGUCAAGGCCGUCCUGUUGAGGAAUCCUUUGGAUACAAGGAACAGAAGCAUUCAAGCCAAAGGAAGGAGGGGGUCAUAAGGAUGCAGGGUAUUUCCCAGAACCCAGGAUGAGCAGUAUAGUUGAUUCUGUGGAGCUGAGACACUUUGCAGCUAGUGCUUUGUCCUGCUUGUCAGCCUGUUUGCCAGUAUGCAUGGCCCCAAAAUAGGCACGCCAGUCCUCAGGUCCUCACGGCCUCCCAGCUCUAAGGGAUCAACAUUUUAACAGAUUCUCAGUGUCUCUUGGUUCAUAUUCUCAAGAAAGACUACAAUCAGCCCAGCACAUUGGUCAGGUAUCGACCCCUGACCAGUCUCCUUGCCACAUGGGGCAGCAGCGACGGGCUUCUUCAGGUGAGACGUGGGGGUGGGGGGGUUCUCAGAGAGGAGGUGAUAAGAUCCCCUAAAAUACUUUAGUUCGUAAAACUUACCAUACUGCUUUUUUUGAGAGUGGAAAGGCAGGCUUGGGACUGUGGGACACUGAGGAAAAGCUUAGGUUUAAGUUAACUUGGGUUCCUGUCGUCUUUGUUUCUUUAUUUCCUAUUUUCCUUCCCUUUAUGAGUCUUGGCAUCCAAGAUUUCUUACCUCCCUCUUUAGGACCAGUUUCUCCUAUUCCGGAGCUGGUCUAUUCUUAGGUGACAUUUCUCAGCCUUCAUUCGAUCUCAGGUCUCUUUCAUUUUAUUUGGAGAGUAUAUCACACAUCCACUGUAGCCCCCCCCCCCCCCAUGGCUCUCUUCAGGUAUUAGUGCUGAAAAAGAGCUGCAUUCUGUGGGCCCCUGGCCUCUGGCGGCCCGCCACGCCCUCCUCCUCUUUCAUCCGGUCUCUCCUGUGUGCGCAGAGCUCUGCGGUAAUAUUGUUGGGCAGGCCUUCCUAGGUACCUCAGAAACUACUUUGCCAGUAAAAUGUAUAAAGUUGGGACGAUUGCCAGGAUAUAAAUUAGGUGUAGAUUCCAGUUUAGAGUUUUACUGAGAGCGUUUUAGACAGGAUGCCUUUAUCUUCCCUGUCUAGUUGCUCCCCUUGUAGUCCUAUAGAGUAAAACCUUUAUUCCUUUGGUUUUUUUAAAAGCCUGCUUCUGUUUGCCUGAAUCCUUUGAUCUUAUUUAUCUCAUCCUGGGCCUGUCCUACGUUACUAAGGCAUUUCAUAAUUACUUAUAACUUUUUAGACUACUGGAGUCAUUUGAUAUAUACAGAAGUAACGUAAUAAUCCAAAGAUAGACACUGAGACGCAUGAGGAAGGCUGGCACAUCAGCCUUUGUGUUUGAUAGUCUUUCUCUUCUAGGCUCCAGAAUUAGGGAGCAGAGAGACAGCAGUGCCACUUGCCUUCCCAGUGUCCUGGGAAAUCUGGGUUGGUUUCAAAGGGGAACACCAGUAAUUCUGGGUUCCAGAAAGUAGCACAGGAGUAGGUGGGGAAAUCGGGGCGGGGCGAGCAAGGCCUGCAAGGAAGCUCAUUUGCAGGCGGCUGGAAAGUGUGGUGCCAAAAGGGCCAGCUGCUGACUAACAGACUAACAACUGUUUGGAGGUCUCGCUGCCCCGUCCCUUGUUCUGUGCUUGAGAAAAAUGUGGCUGACCACUCCCUCUGUUUGUAGAGAGCAGAGGCUGAGAGCCAUCCCCAGAUGCUCUAUUAACUUGGCAGCUGAACAAAUCGGCAGAGUUCUGAUUGCCCGUCCCCCUAUUCUUGAUUCAGUCCCCAGACUGAAUGUGAGAGGUGCAAGGCCUCCACAGGUUCUCCUUCUGCCCCGGAACCAGUUUGAGAGGCCAGGGGAGCACUGCUGAGGGCCCACUCUCUCAGCCUCCUCAGGCUGGUGCCGCCUCCCUGCUCGGCCCAGGCCGGGAGCGGGGUGACUGUGCGUCCACACCCGCACUCUGACAUGUGUGCUGACGCGUUCCCUUUGUGUUGGUUCCCUCCUCCUUACCUACCUCUGACCCUGUUGUGGGUGAGGGUAGCCAAGCUAUGGCUGUCUGGAAACUGAAGAGGCAGAGAGCACGUUUUCUCUUCCUUGGCUUCUUCCUUCUGCUGUCUGGGUGUGUGAGCCCAUGGGCGCAGUGCCCGUGAGAGUGGAUGCCUCCUGACCUGCCUUUCUCAGCACUGUUGUAGUAUCUUGGCCUUGACCUCCUGCUGAAACUUGUGACAGGGGCAUGGCAGCUAUGAGGUACCUCCUACAUCUGCUUUCUGGCUGUGGUGACUUGGGAUUUUUAACCUUAUAUAUCAUUUUCCUUUAUUCAAAACAAAACAAUUUUUAGCACACUGAGAAAAAAAAAAAAAAAAAAA